UUUAUUUUUUAAUUUUUUUUGGCAAAUCCUAAAUUUGUGCCAUGUCCCACCCCUCCACUAAGGGGGAGGGUGGUGCAUGUGCCUACAGAAAGAACUCUUCAUCCCAAAGGUUCUCUGACAUGGGUGAGGUCCAGCCUCACUCUCCACUCCAGGAUUUACUGAAGGGUGGUGAACGAUCAGUCCAAAAAAUAACAAAUCGAAGACAGCUUAAUCAUUACAGCCACGGGAUUGCUUUGCAUCUGAUAGCUGCUCUGCCAUCCCCAGGCUUGCUGUUUAUUUUUAUACCCAUUUUCUUGGCACACAGAUACAUUACCCAAUACACAUGUCCAAAGAGAUAACUGGACAAGUGAUACAUUAACUUUUAACAAAUCACUUGAUUAACAUUCGAUAUUCUUAUAUUGUGAUUACAGACAGCAUACAAAAUAAAUGAUUUCCUCACAAGUGGCUUAACUUUCUCAUUACCCUGUGAGAAGUUUUGAGCUUACAAUCAAAGAAAAUUACUUAUUGCUUUUAAUAAAAUGGAAUAAUUAAUCAGAAGUUCUUAAAAGACAAUUCAACAAUCAUACCAUUGAGGUUGAGGGGUACUGGGAACACAAUUCAAAUUUAAUAUUAGAUUGGUCAUUUCUCAGGGUUUACUAGAGUUUCCCACUGGUGAGUUACUGGUUUGUGAAGUCGAGUCACUGAGGCAUAUUGAAGCUUGAUGUACCUGUACGUUUUAUAUGGGCCUUUAUAAUUGAUUUGUGUGCUGGCUUCAUGAGAAUAAGUUUCUGUGAGUGGGAACAUUUUGAGCUUGGCCUGUAGCUGUAGUUUCACUGAGGAUUAUGUACCUAAGUAAAAGUUAACCCAUGAUAGUCUUUUGGUGUUGGAUUUGAGGGUCUGACCUUUUGGUGAUGUUUUAGAGAAUUAGGGUACAGGUAUUUUGCUCUUGCAUUAUUCCUUUUGAGACUAGGGGGAAUAAUAAUCAUGUCAAUUCCAUAGAUAAGGGGCAUUGAUGAGAGGUCAUGUAAGGGGGACUGAGUGGGAAAUCAUAUCUUGCGAAGGGCCACUCUGUGGCCUCCUUAGCUACUGUGUGACUCUGUUAAGGCGUCGUGGCCUGAUGGCUCCCAGCAGUUCUGCCAUCACUGUUCUAGGCAAAUAUGAGUCACCUCUAUGAAGGUUUCUGAACAAGCAGGGUCAUGGUCGAGAAAGUAAAAAAAAAGUAAAUAAAGUCUGAAAUAGAGUGGCUUUAAGUGGGUAAAAUGAGACAAAUAUAAGGGAUAUUGAAUGCAGAUUCAACAAGACCUGACAACCAUAAUGAAUGAAAUUCUCUGGAGGCUGUAUUUUUAGUUUUAAAAUACUAUUAUUAUACUAUUAUUAAUUGGUUGCUCAAGAAAAUCUAACUAGUCAAUGGACUCCCUCACGGUCUGAAUAAAUGCCACAGAACUCAAGUGGGGCAGAAAAAGAGAAAGAGCUGCCAGGCAGCUAGGUUAGGCCAGAGUAGAGGCUCAAGUGAAAGCAACUAAGCAGAUAUGCUUGGUGAGAAGAGAGACAUCUAGGAAGGUAGGAAGGAGAUCGUGGUGAGCCAAAAACACUGACUUCCUGUCAUGAAAGUAUCCCUCUUUAUAUGUAUAAAAUCUCCCUUCUGAUAUCAUCACUCAGUCCCUUCCUAGGCCAUUUCUAGUUGGAGAAUAGUCCCUCAGAUCUAAAUCACAGUAAGAGACAGGUCUUCAGGACCCUUCCUAACAUGGUAGCUGCCUAGCUGAAGUCAUUACCAUAGAGUUCUUGUUUACAAAUCUUCACUGGUCUUCACUCUGCCUGUAAAAGACCUAGAUAAAAUAAGGGAAAACCCAAUUCAGUUUCAUAGCCUGGGGGACUGUUUGAGCUCUAAAAUUCUUUUGGGGGGGGAGGUGGAGGGACAAAAGGGGAAUAAUUUCUCAAAAUAUCACAAUUCAAUUUUAUUUUCCAAAACUAAGUGGAUAAGGGAAGAAGGAAUCAUUGACCGAGGUAUAAGGGCUACUAGGUAAUAUGGACAGAGUGUGCCAGGCCUGGAGCUGGAGUUCAAAUCUAACCUCAAGACACUUGCUAGUUGUAUGACCCUAGGCAACUUAGCUGCAACUGCCUAGUCCUUUCAGCUCUUAUGUCCUGGAACCAAUAGUUAACAUUGGUUCAAAGACAGUAAGUAAAACUUAAAGUUUGGGCUGCUAUGGUACCUUUGAUAGAAAAAAGGACGUCUGAAAGAGGAAGCAGACUUAACUACUUUCCAUUUUUUUAUGUUUAGAUUUGUUACUCAUUCAAAACAUCUAUUCAGUUUUCUUUUUCCUCUUUGUGAUCUGCCCCAAAAUUCCAUACUCAUUCCUCCAAAUUGUACUGAACUUGGCCUAUGGGAGAAUAUAGUCCAGCAGCCUUUAGUUUUAUUUAAGUCAACAAAAGAUCAGACAAUCUCAAGGCAGCUGAAAAAGUUCCCAGGUUCUAUUAACUAUUAAAAUGUUUAGAGAGAUAAAGAACAUGUUGUAUGAACUUAAUGUGGAAAAAAGAGUAACAAUACACAUUGUUUUUAUACUUGGUGAAAACUACUAAUACUUUUCCUACUACUUGGUGAAAACAUCAAGAAAGGAUACAUCUGGUAUCCCAGUGUAGUGUUAGAUCUUUGGGAGGUAUAGUCAGCUGAAUAAGUAUUUUUGGCUGUUGUGACGCUGGAAAAAUGUUGCUUCUCAUUUAACCAGAUUAUUUAACACUUUUAAUGAGCUUUGAAAAUUGCCAUUUGUAAGUUAUCAUUAAUCACAGCUAUAUGUUGCAUAUUCUACAACAACAAAGAAUGGUAGUUGGAAGCUCUGAAAUUAUUAGCAUAAUGAUUUCAUUAAUGCUAUAAAACAUCCUCUAAAUGGCACAUGACUAUAUUUAACAGCUUGAAAUAGUUGUGAAUCUUAAAAUAGUGACAACAUACCUUUUCUUUCGUGGUAAAAUGUAAGGAUUUUUUUUUUUGAAGGCACAUGAUCUAUGCUGUUUAAGGAUUAGAAAUGGGAUUACUAAGAAAACUGGGAUUGAAUGCACACAUUUAAGAAAAGUUCAUACCCAUUAUUGCAAUUAUGAAUUGUUUUUGAGCUUCUUGGAUUCUCUGUUCUGGGUUUGAAAAGGCAAAUCUGGUACAAGCAUUGUAUUGCAAUGGUUAUUUGGUUUACAUGAAGAUUAAUUAUCAUUAAAUACUAUUUAGAUUCUAGUAGCUAAACUUAUUUUCUUUAAAAACUACUCUUUACACAUGCUUAAUAUUUACUGAUAAUGAUACACAAAGGUAGAGUAUUAGCAAAAUUUCAAGUUUAUAAAAAUUUCUCAGCAUUCAGUUUUAAUUGUUUUGCUAUUGUUUGGAAGUACAAUAUUGUUACAAGCCACUUUCAGGAAAACUUUAGUAUGGGGUGGUUAACUGGGUCAUAAUAAUUGCAACAUAUAUUUUAGAGUUUGAACAUUGCACAUAUUACUUGAACCUAUUUUAUAGAUGUGCAAAUGGAAACUGAGGAGUCAGAUGACUUAGCCAUGAGUAAAUAAUUAAAAAGUAUUAAAGAUAAGAUUUGAGCCCAAGUCUUCUUUACUACAAGUCCAAUGUUCUAUCUCUUAAAGGAAAACUGCCUGCCUCUCACUGCUGAAUGGGCUAAAUUCAGUUCCACUGAAUAAAUGUUACUCCAUAAAUUUUUUUGCUUGUCAUUACAAUUUCUACCCAAACAAAACUCAGUCCGUCAUCUAUUAAAAAAAUCUUUUUCUUCACUUUCUUUUUCUUCUGUUUCUGUCAAAGCCUUUUUAAUUCUUCAUUCAUUAAUCUUAAUUUCCUGGCACAACCUUUUUGUAAUCUUUUCAAUCUUUUCAGCUGUGCUCUUUAGAAAUUUUUGAGAACACCUCAAGCAUUUAGAGGGCAUUGUGGAAAGAGUACUGAAUCUCAAGUGAGACAGUUCAAAUCUCUGCUUGACAUGUGUGACUCUUGGCAAAUCACUUAAUCUCCCUAAACAAGGGGAAUAAUAGCACCUACUUUAGAGGGUUGUUGCUUUACCCAAAACAAACUAACUAAAUAAAUAUAGUUAGCAAGUGCUGUCUAUUUUAUAUAGCCUUAUUUAUUCACUAGAUUCAAUCAGUUUGAACAUUCUCCCAUUUAUGUCCUUAGAUUUUUUUACUUUUGUCCCCCAAACCCUCUUCCAUGUGACUUGAUGAGGAUUUGAACAAAAUCUUAAUUAACCAAAAUCUUAAUUUACUGGGCUUCUCCCUCUUCCAAAUAUGAUUUCUGCAAAAUUAAAUGCUAAAAUUGCCCUUCCUAAUAAUGUACAUUUACCUUUCAUCCAAUGUCCUUUCAAGACACUUGUUUUCUUUUUGAGUAUCCCUAUUCUGCAAAGUAAGCAAAUCUGGAUUAUUUUCAACGCUUUAUCACUGUAAUUAUAGGUAUAAGAAAAUCUCAAAUUUGAGGCAGAUCUUAUCCAGUUUCUAUAUACCUUCCAGGGAGAAUAUAAUCACCAAUUUCCAAAUGCCUUGAGAUGAAGAUUAUGUACAAAAGAUUUUAUGAAUCAUAUUUGGUGAGGUUUCAUAAGUUGACACUAGUAAGAGUUGGAGACCAGCUUUUUAAUCUAUCAAUUUAUCAGUUAAUAGUAGCAGUUUUAAGUAGUUGUACUGGCUCCGAAAAAGUGUAAAAAGCUUAAAAAACACAAAGCCAAAAAAAUAGCUAGCUCAAAUAUCUUACUUUUUUUUUUUAAUCCUUACCUUGAUUGAUCCCAAGACAGAAGAACUGUAAAGGCUAGGCAAAUGGAAUUAUGUGAAUUGCCCUGGGUCACACAGCUAGGAAGUGUUUGAAGCCAGAUUUAAAUUCAGGACCUCCUCUCUCCAGGCUUGACUCAUCUUGCUACCCUGAAAAAUCUUACUUUAAAAGCUGACCUACUCAAAAGUACUCAAAGUUUUGAACUCCAACUUGGACAAUCUUAACACCCCAGUAGGAAAUAAGAUGUAGCUUAUGGAAGCAUAAAUAUGUCUUCUUUCCCUUAAUAAUCCUGGUUACAUUAAAUACUGUUUUCUACACAUUUAUCAAAUCUAUAUGCCCUGUAAUUUAAUACAAUGGCUGCUAGAUCAGAGAAUCACAAACUUAAAUAUAGUAGAACCCUACCAUCUUAACAGCUGACAAAAUUGUGUGGCAAAGUUAAGAGAUUGGGUACUAAAUGGCAAGAACUUGGAUUUGAAUUUAGGCCAACUGACUUCAAAUACAGUCCCCCUCCCCCCCUCCCCCCCAUAUUAAUACCUAUAUUCUUUUAUGAGCUCACCAAACCUGACUGGGGUCUCUGAAAAUUGACUCCCUUUGUUGCCAAGUGAAAGUCUCCUCCUACCCUCUUUCAAAAAGCCUUCUUCAUUUAGUGCUUCGCAUAAUAACAUUUAAUAAAUGAACUCAUUUGCAACUGCAAAUGAAUUUGGCCAAAUCUGACUACUUCCCAAGUUUGGUGAAAUAGCCUACAUUUGGUGAAAUAAAAUAACUUUAUAAUGCCAAACAGAUUCGCCAAUUUGUUCAUUUAAAGCAUUGAGAACACACUCUUUCACUCUGUCUUGGUAAAGAAUUGAUCUCCUUUACUUCUAAAUCUCAGAUAGGGCCAUACCUAAAUAGCAGUUUUCUCCUUCCCUCUCUUCCUCAGGACUGGGGCCUUCCUCUCCCCCCGGGUGACUAUGAUUAGAGGUUUUCCAGUCUAAAAGGUCUCAGUCCCGGGGUCAUGGAGAUCAGGGAAAUGGGCUGCAGGCUUGCAGAGAGGCCUAGCGCUCUGAAGUCAGGAGAGUGAAGGGCGAGUCGGGCGGCGGAAAUCCAGGAACUAGGAUCUCUCCCUCACCUAGGGCUGAUCCCAAAGCGGGAGGGAAAAGGCCCAGUCGACUGUCCUCAUCGUGAAGGUCAAAUGCACCUGGUAGAAGAACGACCCUGCCAUAGGCGUGGCUCAGGCCCGAGCCGCGAGUCCCAAUGGCAGCGCCCAGGAGGUGGGGGUAGGUUGGAAACCAGCCACGGCCCGAGGUCCUACGGCGGCCGAGAGGCGGAGUCACUUAGUUUUGCGUCAGCUCCGUCGGUUUCCGACCAUGCGCGGUGACACCUCUAACCUCUCUGGGUUUCCGAUGUCCGUCUCUAUGGUAUUACACACUACCCCCUCCCCCCGUAGCCCGAUCAGCCCUUUCCCAGCUUGCACCGCGGCGGAAGAGACAGAAUCGACAAUAACAAACCGAACCCCGGUGGUGUCGGCGACUAGGGCCCAGCAGUGUCCCCGACCCGCGGAGUCGCCUCAGCCGCGGGGCUCAACCGUGUUGUCUCUUAGUCCCACUUGUUACUGACAAAGAACUAAGGAGCCUGGCAGCGCACCGAGAGCCUUGCUCAGUGGCCUGAACCUCUCCCCGCCCGGAGCCCGGCGGGGCCGGGGGGGAGCCGCCGCUCGUGUCGGUUAGCAGUGCCGAAUGGGCGGUUUGGAGCCGCCGCCGAGAGAGUAGGCGGCGGCGGAAGAUGGUUCCGGGGGCCGCCGGGGCUGCCCGCGGAGGAGGAGGCGCUGCCGCCGGUUCUUUCUCUGGAUGUGGAUAGUGUUCUUUCUCAAAAGUUCCUCUGGACUGGGGGACCUUGAUUCUGUGAAAGUAGAAAUAACUGACAGUAUUGGGUGAAUGAGAUGUGCCUUGGAGAAUGGUGAUGCCCUGGGUAGUAAUAGGAAAGUUAAAAAGAGGGGAUUGACUUCUAGGGGACAGAACUGGUCUGUUGGAUUUCCAGUCCCCUUCCCUUCAGGUCACCAGAUUUCAUUUUGAACAGUAAUGCCCUUCUGUUGCCAAUAUCAAGCAAAGGAAAUAUACACCAGUUUUUAGUCUCUUACAGUUAAGAAAAGUGGUAACCCUUUUAACAGUGCCUAAAGUUCUUAAAUGACCAUAUCAGAGUGAGAGACAUAAACUCCUAGAAUCCAGAGAAAUCAUCAUGAAGUUAUAUGUAUUUUUGGUCAACACUGGAACUACCCUAACAUUUGACACUGAACUUACAGUUCAAACUGUGGCAGACCUUAAGCAUGCAAUCCAAAACAAAUAUAAGAUUGCAAUUCACCAGCAGGUACUGGUAGUUAAUGGAGGAGAAUGUAUGGCCUCAGAUCGAAGAGUAUGCACUUACAGUGCUGGGACAGACACAAAUCCAAUUUUUCUGUUUAACAAAGAAAUGAUUUUAUGUGAUCGUCCGCCUGCUAUUCCCAAAACAACAUUUUCAGCAGAAAAUGAUAUGGAAUUAAAAGUUGAAGAAUCUCUUAUGAUGCCUGCAGUUUUCCAUACAGUAGCUUCAAGGACACAGCUUGCUGUGGAAAUGCAUGAGGUUGCCAAGAAACUCUGUUCCUUUUGUGAAGGUCUAGUCCAUGAUGAACAUUUACAACAUCAAGGCUGGGCUGCAAUAAUGGCCAAUUUAGAGGAUUGUACAUUUUCCUACCAAAAACUGCUUUUCACGUUUGAAAGUGCUUAUUCAAAUUAUCUACAGUCCAUAGAAGAUAUCAAGCUGAAACUUACACAUUUAGGAAGUGCGGUUUCAGUAAUGGCCAAGAUUCCACUUUUGGAGUGCCUCACAAGACAUAGCUACAGGGAAUGUUUGGGAAGACUUGAUUCUUCUCCUGAACAUGAAGGAAAAGAAGCAGAGAGUAAUGUGACUGAAAAAUCAUCAGAAUUGGUGCUUUAUCCUGAUAUGCCUCCGACUAACAAAUCAUUGUUAGCCUCAUGUUGCAAGUCAGUGGAACAUUCUGCCCUGGACAACACAGAUCCUGAAAAUGGCAAAGAAAUUAGGGAAUCUUGUCAGAGCACUAUCCAGGAGGAAGAAAUUUCAGUAGAACCUAAAGAAAGUGACUUGCCUUCUUUCAACGUUUCUUUAUUAGACUGGAUAAAUGUUCAAGAUAGACCUAAUGAUGUGGAAUCUUUGGUCAGAAAGUGCUUUGAUUCUAUGAAUAGGCUUGAUCCAAGGUUCAUUCAGCCCUUUUUGGCAGAUUGUCAACAAACUGUUGCCAAACUGGAUAAUCAGAACAUGAAAGCCAUUAAAGGACUUGAAGACAGGCUUUAUGCACUGGACCAGAUGAUAGCUAGCUGCGGCCGACUGGUAAAUGAACAAAAAGAACUUGCUCAGGGAUUUUUAGCUAAUCAGAAGAGAGCUGAAAAUUUGAAAGAUACUUCUGUGCUUCCUGAUUUGUGCCUGAGUCAUGCAAAUCAGUUGAUGAUUAUGUUGAAUAAUCAUAGAAAACUGUUGGACAUUAAACAGAAAUGUACCACUGCCAAACAAGAACUUGCAAAUAAUCUACAAGUCAGAUUGAAGUGGUGUUGCUUUGUUAUGCUUCAUGCUGACAAAGAAGGAGAAAAACUACAAGCUUUACUCCGCCUUGUAACAGAGCUGCUAGAACGAGUCAAGAUUGUAGAAGCUCUUAGUACAGUACCACAGAUGUACUGCUUAGCUGUUGUUGAAGUUGUAAGAAGAAAAAUGUUCAUAAAACACUACAGGGAGUGGGCUGGUGCUUUAAUCAAUGAUGGAAAACAUUUAUAUGAAGCUGAAAAGUCAAAAAGGGAAUCUUUUGGAAAAUUGUUUAGGAAAUCUUUUUUAAGAAAUCGUCUGUUUAGGGGUCUUGACUCCUGGCCUCCUUCCUUUUGUACUCGAAAGCCUCGGAAAUUUGAUGGUGAACUUCCAGAUAUUUCCUUAACUGAUUUGAAGUUUCUGCAGUCUUUCUGUCCUUCAGAAGUACAACCAUUACUCAGGGUUCCAUUACUUUGUGACUUUGAACCUCUACACCAGCAUGUACUUGCACUACAUAAUUUAGUGAAAGCAGCACAAAGUUUGGAUGAAAUGUCACAGACCAUUACAGACCUACUGAGUGAACAAAAGGCUUCCAUGAGUCAAACAUCCCCACAAUCUGCUACUACACCAAGGAUGGAAAGUACAACAGGAAUUACAACUACUACCUCACCUAGAACUCCUCCUCCACUCACUAUUCAGGAUCCUUUGUGUCCUCCAGUGUGUCCAUUAGAAGAAUUGUCUCCAGAUAGCAUUGAUGCUCAUACAUUUGAUUUUGAAACAAUUCCUCACCCAAAUAUAGAACAAAACCUUCACCAAGAAUCUUUAGAUUUAGACUCCUUAGCUGAAAGCCCUGAAUCUGAUUUUAUGUCAGCAGUGAAUGAAUUUGUAAUAGAAGAAAAUCUAACAUCUCCUAAUCCUAUAAGUGAUCCACAAAGUCCAGAAAUGAUGGUGGAAUCACUGUAUUCUUCAGUUAUUAAUGCAAUUGACAGCAGACGCAUGCAGGAUACAAAUAUCUGUAGUAAAGAUGAUUCAGGAGACCAUGCUUCUCUAAAUGUUCAAAUAGAAAAAUGCAGAGCUGUUGCCCAGGAAUCACAGUUCAAUUUACAAAACAUUAAAGAAGAUCUCUGUCACUUCAGAACUCUUGUGCAAAAAGAACAGUGUGAUUUCUCUAAUUCUUUAAAAUGUACAGCUGUAGAAAUCCGAAAUAUCAUUGAAAAAGUAAAAUAUUCCCUGGAAAUAACACUAAAAGAAAAACAUCAGAAAGAACAGCAGUCAUUAAAAAAUGAGUAUGAAGCUAAACUCAAUGCAUUAAUAAAAGAUAGUGAAGAAAAUGAAAAAAAGAUUAAUAAAUUAAAAGGAGAUUUAGUAGGUCUUGAAGAGGUUUUACAAAAUAAAGAUAAUGAGUUUGCUUUGGUUAAAAAUGAAAAAGAAGCUGUCCUCUGCCUACAAAAUGAAAAAGAUCAAAAGCUGAUAGAGUUAGAGCAUGCUAUGAAGAACCAAAAUUUUGAAAUUAAAGAACUGAAGCAGUCACGAGAAGUUGUGUUGGAAGAUUUGAAAAAGCUUCAUGUUGAGAAUGAAGAAAAAUUACAUCUUCUUAGGGCAGAGCUUCAAAGUUUGGAGCAGAGUCACCUGAAGGAACUAGAAGAUACUCUUCAAGACAGGCAUUCUCAGGAAUUUGAAAAAGUUUUGAGUGACCACAAGGUUUCUUUAGAUAAUUUAAAAAAGGAAAAUCAACAAAAACUCGAUCAGAUACAAGAAUCCCAUAUAAUAGUUGUCCAAGAAAAAGAACAGCAGUUACAGGAGUUAAAAUUUAAAGUUUCUGAUUUGUCUGACCUGAGGUGCAAGUUAGAGGUUGAACUUGCUUUGAAAGAAGCAGAAACUGAUGAAAUGAAAAUAUUGUUAGAAGAAAGCAAAGCCCAACAGCAAGAAACCUUAAAGAUUCUCAUUGAAAAAGAAACAGAAAACUUGAGAUCAGAGAUAAGCAUGUUAAAUCAGAAGAUUAUAGAUAAUAAUGAGAACUACCAAAUAGGCUUAGCAGAGCUGAAAACGCUAAUGACCAUUGAAAAAGAUCAGUGCAUUUCAGAGUUGGUCAGUAGACAUGAAGAAGAAUCAAAUUUAUUGAGAGCUGAACUAAACAAGGUAACAUCUUUACAUCAACAAGCUUUUGAAAUUGAAACUAAAUUGAGAGAACAAAUAGUGGAAUUGCAGAGUAAGUUGGAGUUGGAAUUGAGUGCUCUUGAAAAACAAAGUAAUGAAAGAUUGGUCCAACAAGAAGAAAAAUAUGAAGCUAUUAUCCACAAGCUUGAAGAAGACAAAGAAAAAAUAGUUAUGAAUCAAGGACAAGACAGGGAACAACUUGUUCAGAAGCUUAAUUGUGAAAAAGAAGAAGCUGUUCAAGUUGCCCUUAAAGAAUUUGAGUUACAGAGAGAAGCUGUUGAAAAAGAACUGUUGGAAAAAAUUAAACAUCUUGAAAGUCAAAUAACCAAAAGUCCUCCCAUUGAGCAUACCAGUGAAGAUUCAUCAAGUUUAGUUGCUGAACUUCAGGAAAAACUUCAGGAAGAGAAGGCCAAGUUUUUAGAACAACUUGAAGAACAAGAAAAAAGAAAGAAUGAAGAAAUGCAAAAUGUUCGAACAUCCUUGAUUGCAGAGCAACAGACUAAUUUUAACACUGUUCUAACAAGAGAAAAAAUGAAGAAAGAAAAUAUAAUAAAUGAUCUUAGUGACAAAUUGAAAAAUACAAUGCAACAACAGGAACGAGAUAAAGAUUUAAUUGAAUCACUUUCUGAAGAUCGAGCACGUUUACUUGAGGAAAAGAAAAAACUUGAAGAAGAAGUAAAUAAAUUGCGCAGUAGCAGUUUUGUUCCUCCACCAUAUUUAGCUACAGCUCCUGAACUUUGUGGUGCUUGUGCACCUGAACUCCCUGGUGAAACAGACAGAUUAGCUUCAGAAAUAGCAGAUGAAGGAAGAACAGAUUCAGCAAUGGAAACAAGCAUGAUGUCUGUACAUGAAAAUAUUCACAUGUUGUCCGAAGAGAAACAAAGGAUAAUGUUGUUAGAAAGAACUUUGCAGUUAAAAGAAGAAGAAAACAAGCGGUUAAAUCAGAGACUAAUGUCUCAAAGCAUGUCCUCAGUUUCUUCAAGGCAUUCAGAAAAAAUAGCUAUUAGAGAUUUUCAGGUUGGAGACUUGGUUCUCAUUAUCUUGGAUGAACGUCAUGACAAUUAUGUAUUAUUUACUGUUAGCCCAACUUUAUAUUUCCUGCAUUCAGAGUCUCUUGCUGCAUUGGACCUCAAACCAGGUGAGUGUGCUUCAGGUACAUCUAGAAGACCCUGGGUACUUGGAAAAGUAAUGGAAAAGGAAUAUUGUCAAGCCAAAAAGGCACAAAACAGAUUUAAAGUUCCUCUGGGUACCAAAUUUUACCGAGUUAAAGCUGUGCCGUGGAACAAGAAAGUAUAACCCUCACAGGAAAUUGAGUUCAUUCUAUCAUAUUUUUUCUGCCUUGUCCGACAGUGUUCAUCCAUCACUCCAAAAAUAGAAGGCCAUCUUUUUUUAUACGGAAGUCAAUAUGACAGUAUACUUCAUUGAUGUGUACAACAUUUACUUUUUAACAAAUUACAUUUUAGAAACAAGAAAUUCAUCAACUCCCUUGGCUGAAUUACAGUUUUUUACCCAGAUGACUCUAGAAAUGCGGACCAAAUUAGUUCAUUUUCUCAAAGGGCAUACCCUAUACAUUGUGGCUUAUAAAUUAGCCAUGUUAAUUGCCUGUUAAAUAUACAUUAGCUCGAACUUAGAUGUUAAAUGUUAGUUACCAUUAUUACCAGCAUUUGUCCUUUUGUGAAAUCGUUAUCAGGAUACUUGCUCUCUUUAACACAUUCUUUAUAAUAUGUAUAAAUUCUUCAAAACUAUUUAAAGAGGAGUGUCAUUGCAUGCAGAUAAUCAUAUAAUUUUCUUAAACAUGAGUUUGCCUCUGUAGAUAGCUACCACCACUUGUUUCAUUAUUUUUAAAAAUGCCCUUUGAUGUUUCAAGGAAGAAAAAAAGUAACCCUACAGUUGGAUUGACUGAUUUUAAGAUCAGCCACAGGUAAUCAGCAAUCUUCAAAGCACUUUCGAUGGAUUGAUCAUAUAGAUUCUGAAGGGAAGAGUCUGUGCCAUUGACAGUUUUAAAUGUAAGCACAUGAAUCUUCCCUAAAACACAGAAGUCUUGUAUUAAUCUAUUUAGAAAAAUCAUAUUGAUGAAAUUGUAAUUCAUGGUUGAGUUUCAGGAAAAAAAACACUCAUUGUACAUUAACCAUAUAAAAGUCAUUUAAGUAACAAAUUAUUGUAUUGUAAAAGACAUGUAGAAUUUUAAAACAAUAAAGAUUUGAACCUGUAAAUGUGUGUGCCUUUUAAAGAAAACAGUAAGUUUUUUAAUAAAUUUGAGUGAAUGCAGGAGAGGGUGACAAGAUUAUUCUGUUUAAUUACAGCACAGAGAAAGAUCUGUAUUACAGAAAUGGUAUUCUUUAAUUUAUAGUACAGGGUAAAGCAGUGUUUCCUAAAAGUUCAAAAUGAAUCGUGACAAACUCUCUUUGCUCAGACAAGCAAUUGUUAAGCAAAGGUAUUUCAAAGAGUUAUUGGGCUAGAGAAGAUAGUGUUUCAGUUAUCUUGCUACAGACAAUAAUGAAAUUAUUCAUUUGCAUAAAAUAACAAUAUUUCUUCAUGAAAGAGUUAAAUGUUUUUUUAAAAGAUGUAUAUCUAAUAGAACAGAAAGCAAAAUGGAAUAAAUUACAGCAGUGUAAAAAAUUCCUGAGUUUGACAACAUAUUAAUAAAGAAUGAAUGAUUUAAAAUGUU